GCCAAUUUUUUAAGUUUUAUAAAAUUACAAACUUUGUUUAUUUAGGUUUUAUUCAGUGUUCAGUGUCCUAGUUUUAAUAGUAUUUAAAUAUAGGCACCAUGCGAAUGAUUACUUUCAGCAUACUUCGUCACUUCAAAUGUAACGCUUUGGCGUAUAACAUUUCAAGAAGAUUGAAAAGCGAUGCGGUCGACAUUAAAUCAGACGAUUUAAAAACAAAAGGUGCAUCACCUGAUCCAGAUUAUAUAGAAGUAUUACCAUCAUGGCCAGAAGGAGAAAUAUCUAUGCGCAUAAAAGCAACUAGUUCUAUGCGGAUCUACCCUAACUUUGUGACUGAGGAAGAAGAGAGUUCUUUGCUGUCUGAACUUGAACCACAGUUGAAGAGAUUGAGAUAUGAAUAUGAUCAUUGGGAUAAUGCCAUAGAAGGGUAUCGUGAAACGGAACGUGAUUCUUGGAAUGAACAGAAUGCUGCAAUACUAAAACGGGUGCGUGAAACAGCAUUCUCUCCUCAUGCAGAGCUCCUACCACGCGCGCAUGUAUUGGACCUCGCAGCUGCGGGGUAUAUUAAACCCCAUAUUGAUGCUGUGAGGUUUUGUGGCAAUACAAUAGCAGGACUUUGUCUUCUAUCAAGUGCUGUGAUGCGGCUGGUGCACGAAGCGCGGCCAGAGUUACAGUUGGAUGCGUUGCUUGAACGACGCUGCCUCUAUAUCAUGAGAGACGUGUCUCGCUACGAGUUCACGCACGCGGUGCUGGGGGGUGAGCAGAGCGUAUGGCGCGGGGCGCGGCUGCCGCGGCGCAGGCGCAUCGCACUUAUAUGCAGGGAGCGUCCGCGACCGGAACAUUGUGAAUAGCACUACUCCAAUAGCUAUGGGCGACGCCAAAAGAUCAACUAGGAAGGGGGGGGGGGGUCGAUUAGUAAUACUUGAUUUUUAUUGCAAAGAAAUUAGUUAACUUAUGACGUAUUUUUAAUGAAAUAUUGACAAGUCGUUUUUAUCUAUGUGGGUUUUUCUUUAUAUUUUGCAAUGUAGUAGGUAGGUAAGUAGCCAGGGAGGGGCCCUGGCAACACUCAGAAGGCAGUUUACGAAAAUUAUGCGUUACUGUGAAGUUUGUAUUUUUACUGUUCUAUUUAAUUCCUGCGAUUGUUGGAUAUUUUACUUUAGAAUUGCACUGCUGUAACUUUUCCAUCCAUUGUUUGAAAAAUCCUUUGACCAUGUAGCUUGUGAAAAAAUAUGGCAGUAGUAAAUUUUGUUACUUA